GGUACCCUGCCCGCUCCCCAGUGGCUACACCUCUUUCCUUCGUUUGCCUCACUCUUCUGCCGCUUUUGUUUCAAGCUUCGCGGUUGAACGCGGAAGAGAAAACCCACAAAAAAGCCACUGUCAAAUUAUCAUCAAUUCCUUUCCCUAUUUUAUCUCUUCCACCAAAUAAAACCCUGCUGAACUCUAUUUUAUCCGGUAUUUCAAUGGAAACCCAGAGAUUGCUUUCUGGGUUUUGCUCAAACCCAACGAUCCCACCCGUCCGAAACACCAAAAAGCCUUUCUUUGUGGCGUCACCGCCUACUUCUUCAGCAUCUUUCUAUCAACCCCGCAAAUGGGUCUCGUAUAGAACCUGUCAUUUUGUUCCGCAAAGGGUGGGGUCUAAGCAGAGAUUGAAGUGUAAAAACGGUGUAGAAAAUGUGGAGGAUGAUGCUAUUUCUCAUGGAAAGGAUUUGAAAAAUGGGGUUAGAAGGAAAAAGCUAGCGGUUUUCGUCUCCGGUGGUGGGUCGAACUUCAGGUCCAUUCAUGAAGCUUCUCUUCAAGGAUCAGUUCAUGGAGACAUCGUUGUUUUGGUCACAAAUAAACGCGGCUGUGGAGGUGCAGAGUACGCAAGAGAUAAGGGCAUCCCAGUUGUUUUGUUCCCCAAAACAAAGGAGGAACCUGACGGGCUCUCCCCAAGCGACCUCGUAUCUGUGCUUAGGAGAUUUGAGGUUGACUUUAUACUCCUAGCGGGAUACUUAAAACUUAUACCAGUGGAGCUGAUCCGAGCUUAUCCCAGAUCCAUAGUAAACAUCCAUCCAUCACUCCUUCCAGCUUUUGGAGGCAAAGGCUAUUAUGGUAUGAAGGUGCAUAAGGCAGUCAUUGCUUCUGGAGCAAGAUACACAGGUCCAACAAUUCAUUUUGUUGAUGAACACUACGACACUGGGCGUAUCCUUGCCCAAAGUGUUGUCCCUGUGCUUGCUAACGACACUGCAGAGGAGCUGGCAGCACGAGUUCUUCGGGAGGAGCAUGGGCUUUAUGUGAAGGUGACAGAAGCAUUGUGCGAAGAGCGGAUCAUUUGGAGGGAAGAUAGUGUUCCUCUCAUCCAGAGCAAAGAAAACCCAAGUGAGUUUAGGUAGCAGAACCAAACAUCAGCAAUUUCUGCUUUUUGUAGGGCUUAGGUUUUCUCUAUCAGUUUUGCCAAGACUCAAUAUAAUACUAACAUUCUUGAAUACAUUUUUAUACCCAAAAUUGAGAAAAAAUACUCAUACCCAGCUGAUUAAGGGGGAAAAAGGGAAAGGAAGAAAAAGAAAAAGCAAGAAGAGGGUAACCAUUUUAAGUAACAUGGUUUUUGUUCCACUAUGUAUGACUGAAUUGCCUUGAACUUGAGUUUUGUUACGUUGUUAGACCAUUGUUGUAUGUGCAACAGGCGGAUUUUUAUGACUGGCAUUUGAGUUCGAACUUAGAAUUUUUUUUUU